AUGGAAGAUGACUCUGGAUAGCCCCUCAUAGUUUAAGGGGAGAGCAGUGGAGAGCAAGAUUAAAAUACAAAUGAUUAUAAACUGAUAAACUAUUCAAAUAUGCAAACUUUAACUAAAGCCGGAAUAUCUACAGAUAAUACAGCAAAUUUUGAGGAUAAAGCAUAAAACAUUGAUAAAAUUUGCUAGAAGAAAAUAGAGUAUGCAAAGGAUAUUGGAUAAUAACCAGAAUGUGAUCCCAAUUAACAAAAUAUGCAGAGAGAUGCUUUGACACCAAGACAUGUCGCUGCUUAUGCAGUUGGUCAUUUUAGUAAUGACCUUUGUGCAGCAGCAUGGUUCACCUACGUGCUUUAUUUUGUAAAGAAUGUAGUUAAACUUGAUGCAGUGAUUGCUGCCUUCGUCAUGCUAUCAGGGUAAAUAGCAGAUGGGCUUACGACUCCAGUAGUUGGAUUCUUUAGUGAUAAAACUAAGUCUAGAAUUGGAAAGAGAGCCCCUUGGUAUAUUUUCGGCACAUUCCUUGUUAUUCCAACGUUCUUAGGUAUUUUUAUUAAACCUGACUUUGAAAAGAAUAGUCCUGGUGAAAUAGCUUAUUACAUCACUUUACCUGCAGUCUUUAAUGUAGGAUGGGCUUGUGUUCAGAUCUCAAAUAUGUCUGUCGUAAAUUCAUUGACGUUUAGCACUCAAAGAAGAGACAGAUUGAUUUCUCUUAGAAAUGGUUUCACAUAUAUUGCAAACUUUACAGUAUUAACUGCUGCGCUGAUCUUAUUUGCUACAAUUGACAGUCAAGAUUGGUAAUUCAGGAUACUUUGCUUUAUAAUAGUGGGAAUUGGAUUCAUAACAAGUAUGUUCUAUAUGACUAACAUUAGAGAACCCUAUCUUUCGAAAUCAGCAAAGAGACUCUAAAAAGAAUACCUCAAGGUACAUUAGCCUCAUCUUUCUGAAGAAGAACAAAAAGCUUUGACUUAGAAACCUAAGAGCUCAAUGUUGUCAGUUUAGAUGAAGGUAUGGAGUGACUGGCUAAAAGAAGGUCAUUUCUACAUUUAUGGAGCUGUUUAUUGCAUGGUAAGAAUUGCAGUCAAUGUAACAAUGUCAGUGCAACCCUUUUACCUGAUAAAAGUAACAGGAUUCAUUGAAACAGAGGAUGAUCCUACUCCUCUCCCUAUAGCAUUAGUACCUCUUGUAUCAUAUACAACUUCUUUGAUAUUUUCCCUGUUUGUUUACAAAAGAAUGAUGCAAAGGUUUAGAAACAGAUUCAUACCACUAUUGAUAUCUGUUAUCGUUAUUACAGCAGGUUCAGUUCCCUACCUAUUUUUGAAUUCUGAUCCAAAUGUUAGAUGGUUAGUCUAUUUACUCUCUUCCAUUUAAGGAGUUGGUUUAGCAAUUAUGAUAAACACAGCGACAAGUUUGAUAUCAGAUGUAAUAGGCAGAGACGACUAAAGUUCAGCCUUUGUAUAUGGUGCCUAUAGUUUCUUUGAUAAAGUUGCUAAUGGAGUGAUUAUUUUUGGAAUAACUGCUAGUUGGAUAGAUAAUGAGGUAGCCUUGAAAUGGUGUAUCGCUGUGAUACCAGCUGCAUGUGGAUUCGGAGCUUUUUUGCUAUCCUACAUAGGAAACAGACUUUAUGGAAAAAGACUUGCAAAACUUUCCCUGGACAAAUGA